AUGUCAGCCCUGGCCUCUGAAAAGGCCGGCGUCGACCAAAUAGAAAUCCCACUCGACAAUGGCUCCGACGACACCAAAGUGAAGCAGGUCAAAGGAGUCCAAGGAUCAGAGCGAUGGGCAAAUGCCAGUCUCGAAGCGCCGCCAAAGUUCAUCUCAAAGAACAUCCUGUUCGUCUACGUCAUGUGCAUUGCCCCCUUCCUAUGCGGAACCAUGUCCGGCUACGACAGCUCCAUCAUGAGCAGUUUUCUGGUCGAGGAUUCGUUCCAGAAGCUCUUUGGCGCGGGCGUCAACGGAUUCCAGGCUGGCUACAUCACGGCCAUAUACCAGAUUGCCGGUGUCGUUGCCAUUCCCUUCAUCGGCCCGUCAAUGGACAUGUACGGUCGUCGUCUGGCCAUGUUUGUCGGCUCUUUUCUUUCUGUCGUCGGGGCCGUCAUCCAAGGAACCUCAGCCCAGACCGGAUCUCUAGGCCAGUUUCUCGCUGGCCGUGCUCUCCUUGGCUUCGGAGCAGUCAUCGCCCAGGCAGCCGCCACGACAUACUGCGUCGAGAUUGCGCAUCCCGCUCAUAGAGGCCUUCUGGCUGGUGGCCAGUACAGUAUGCUCAACUUUGGCGGACUUCUUGCCGCCGGUGUGACGCUCGGCACCGUGAACCUGGAAGGCAAUGCCACUUGGACGAUUCCCACAUGGACCCAAGCUGUCUGCCCGGGAAUUGCCUUCCUGAUGGUCUAUUUCCUGCCCGAGUCGCCUCGAUGGCUGUAUACGCACAACAAGAAGAAGGACGCCCUGGAAUUUAUUACCAAGUACCACGGCGAAGGCGACAUUGAAAACCCGUGGGUGAAGCUGCAGCUGGUCGAAUUCGAAGAGCAGCUCGAGCUAGACGCCGCCGACAAGCGAUGGUACGACUACCGCGUCUUGUUCGCCACCCGUGCCCGUCGUUACCGUCUCGCCAACAGCAUGAUGAUGGGCGUAUGGGGUGCCUUGUCCAGCGGCGGAAUCUCCUACUUUGUCGGUGCCUUCUUCAACAGCGCCGGCAUCACCGACCCAACCACCGUCCUGACCUACAACGUCUGGCAGAACUUCAUGAGCACAAUGGCCAGCUUCAUCGGCUCCCCGCUCUCCGACCGUCUCGGCCGCAGAGCACUACUACUACCAACUCUUCUCGGCAUGGGCAUCUCCUGGGCAGCAAUGGCAGCCGGCACUGCCAUGGUCGAGCAGGACGCCUCCAACUCCGCGGCCGCCAAGGCCGGCAUAGCCUUCUACUUCAUCUUCUCAUUCAUCUACUGCAUUGGCAUCACGCCCCUGCAGGGUGUUUAUGCCGUCGAGGUGUUUGCUUACGAGCAGCGUGCCAAGGGCGUCGCCUUUCAGAACUUGGGCGUCAAUGCCGUCGGCCUGAUUAACCAGUUUGCAACACCUGUGGCCCUGGAGCGAAUUGGGUACAAGACCUACAUCAUCUUUUGUGUGUGGAAUUUCGUCGAGUUUGCUAUAUCGUACUUUUGGAGUGUCGAGACCAAGGGCUACACUCUCGAAGAGCUGGAUGACAUUUUUGAAAGCCCGAACCCCAGGAAGGCUUCGACGAAGAAGCGAGCGAUUGUGGCUGGUGGCAUCAAUCAGGUCCUUGCGACGGAGAAGGAGGUAUAG